AUCCCCUUUAUUCCCUUAUUGAAAUUGGUUGUGUGUUGUGGGACUAGUCGCAUUAUCGCACCUGCUUAUUCUUACAUUGUUGACAUCUAAUAGAAAAUCGUUAUUUACCGACUUGGGUUCAAUUGAGUGUUAUUGCGCCUUCGUUGCGGAGUGACCGACCUUAUUAAUUGCAAUUGUUCCUUCCAUUACCGUGUUGUUCUCAAUAUCGCCUUUUAUCUUCCUCGCCAUUCAACCUAAGCACAACGCAACUCGCAAUGUCCCUUUUCGGUCAAGCUGCGGCCCCGUCGACGGGCGGCGGCCUCUUUGGACAAGCCAACAACACCGCAAAUAAGCCCAGUCCCUUCGGCGGAGGUGGUGGUCUCUUCGGAAAUACCUCGACGACAAACACUACGCAGCAGAACCCCACGGGCGGAUUGUUCGGAGGUGCGACGCAGACCCAGCAACCGUCGGGAGGAGGUCUCUUCGGCGGCGCCGCGAACACGCAGACCCAGCAGCCAUCCGGCGGACUGUUCGGUCAAACUGCGACCCAGCAGAAGCCAGCCGGUGGUGGUCUUUUCGGAGGACUGGGGCAGACGCAACAGCCCCAGCAGCAACAACAGCAGACUACUGGAGGGAGCUUGUUCGGGCAGAAACCCCUUGGAGGAGGUGGAGGCGGCUUGUUCGGUCAGCAACAGCAGUCGCAGGCGCCGCAGCAGCAGGGUGGUGGUCUGUUUGGUGGGCUGGGCCAGACGCAGCAGCCUCAACAACAGCAGCAACAACCGAGUUUGUUCGGAGGUUCUCUACUAGGAGGACAGCAGCAGCAACAGCAACCGGCGCAGCAACAGCAGCAGCCCCAAUUGGGCCAGACUCAGAUGGGCCAGUCAACGGCACAGCUCGGUUCGAGUCUGUGGGAGCCGGGCCGUGCAGUUACCGGAGUCCACCGCACCGUACCGAUGCAGAUUCAGAUCGUAAAGGACAAGUGGGAUGCGUCCAGCCGUUCCUCCCCCUUCCGCGCGUACUUGUAUAACAAUGUCGGCGAAGAAAUGGCGCCUUUCUACCAGCCGGGUCCGGAGGACGAUGACACAAAAUGGGAGGAUGCGCUGCGGAAGCGGCCCGAUUCGGGAUAUGUUCCCGUGCUCGUCAAGGGCUUUUUCGAGCUGGGCAAGCGCGCGCAGCGCCAGAAGGAUUUCCUCACCAUGAUGCAGACGCGACUGCACGAGAUCAACAACUGCCUGUCGGAUCUGCUGUCUCGGCACGAUCUGAAAAUUUCGGUCAAGAUCGCCGACUGCCGCCGGAAACACCUCGUCCUCAGCAAGCGGUGUCUGGCGCUUGCGGCCAAGACGCAGGUGCUGCGGAAUCGCGGUUACGCCAUGGAUGACGCGGAGGAGGAGCUGAAGAAGAAGCUCAGCCAGCUGGAGCGGUCGGUCUUUGACCCGUCACUUAAUGGACGGGCGGAGGAGAUCUGGGCGCGCAUGCUGGCGAUCCGGGAACACUCGCGACGUCUACAGCAGGAGAUGGAGCGGGCCGGACCCAGCGCGGCGGCGCAGGCGGACGACGAGCUGGACGAGCAGACGAUGAAGACGGCCAAGAAGAUAUUGGAUGACUACCACACGCAAAUCCAACACUUGCAGAAGGAACUCGAAGCAGUGAGAAAGGACUUUGAGGAGGCACAGAAGCUUCCCGGGGGAGCCGUGAACCACUGAUGCUGUUGAUGCUUAAUCGCGAUUCCAUCAUAUCAUGAAUUGAAGGACUGUCUGGUUGUUUGGCUUGUGCUGUUUGGAGCAUGGAGUUUAUAGGAGCUGGUAUCCGCACGUCUUGCAUACGAGACGUGGUUUAAUAGAGCAUGAAAAGUAACCGUGACAGCUG